GGCUGGGCUGGGCCGAGGAUGGCGGUGGCCACGGCGCGGGUCCUGGCGGUACACCACGUGAGUUGCUGAGCUGGUGCCAGGCAGGUGACACUGUCUUCCUGCAGCCCCCAGCAUGUGGGCAGGCCUGAGCCCCGUGGUCAUACUGGCCCUGGUUUUGGCGAUAGUAUGGGCCAAGGAGCUCAAGCCCACAGCACCACCCAUCUUCACAGGCCGGCCCUUUGUGGUAGCGUGGGAUGUGCCCACACAAGAAUGUGGCCCACGCCUCAAGGUGCACCUGGACUUGGUGGAGAAAGCCUUCGAUGUGCAAGCCUCACCUAAUGAGGGUUUCGUGAACCAGAACAUAACUAUCUUCUACCGGGACCGGCUAGGCCUGUAUCCACACUUUGAUUCCACAGGGAAGUCUGUGCAUGGUGGCGUGCCACAGAAUGACAGUGUCCUCAGGGCACACCUAGACAUGCUGCAGGAACGAGUGGAGCACUACAUUCGUAGACAGGAACCUGCGGGGCUGGCAGUCAUAGACUGGGAGGACUGGCGGCCUGUGUGGGUGCGCAACUGGCAGGACAAGGACGUGUACCGCCAGUUAUCACGCCAGUUGGUGGCCAACCGCCACCCUGACUGGCCAUCAGACCGCAUCAUCAAGCAGGCACAGUAUGAGUUUGAGUUUGGUGCUCGGGAAUUCAUGCUGAAGACACUGCGCUCUGUCAAGAGAUUUCGGCCUCAGCACCUCUGGGGCUUCUACCUCUUCCCCGACUGUUACAACCACGACUAUGUGCAGAACUGGGAGACUUAUACAGGCCGCUGCCCGGAUGUGGAGGUCUCGCGAAAUGACCAGCUGGCCUGGCUGUGGGCUGAGAGCACGGCUCUCUUCCCCUCCGUCUACCUGGACGAGACUCUUGCUUCCACUGCCCAUGGCCGCAACUUUGUCAGCUUCCGUGUUCAGGAGGCCCUUCGUGUAGCUCAAACCCACCAUGCCAACCAUGCACUCCCAGUCUACGUCUUCACGCGGCCCACCUACAGCCGCGGGCUCAAAGGCCUUAGCCAGAUGGAUCUCAUCUCCACCAUUGGUGAGAGUGCCGCCCUGGGCGCAGCCGGUGUCAUCCUCUGGGGUGACGCAGGGUUCACCACCAGCAUGGAGACCUGCCAGUACCUCAAGGAUUACCUGAUGGAUCUGCUGAUCCCCUACGUAGUCAAUGUGUCCUGGGCUGCCCAGUAUUGCAGCCGGGCCCAGUGCCACGGCCACGGACGCUGCGUGCGCCGAGACCCCAGCACCAGUACCUUUCUGCACCUGAGUGCCAGCAGUUUCCGCCUAGUGCCUAGCCACGCACCUGGUGAGCCCCUCUUUCGACCAGAGGGGAAACUCAGCUGGGAUGACCUCGACCACCUGCAGAAGCACUUUCAAUGCCAAUGCUACUUGGGCUGGGGCGGCGAGCAAUGCCAGUUGGAUCUUAGGCGGGCAGCUGGGGGUGCUAGUGGGGCUUGGGCUGGGUCCCACCUCACUGGCCUGCUGGCUAUGGCAACCCUAGCCCUCACCUGGACUUUGUAGGGAUCUCUCACCUGGCUUCCAGGCAAGCUGGCCUCUGCCACAAGGGCUCUGCCAGGCAUGUAGGAGCCUGCAAGGGGUGGGCAAAUGAGUCCAGAGGGGGCAGAGCCCCUGGGAUGUCCAGUAGGGCAUCCAUAACAGCUCUCACCCCCCUGUUCUAAGGGGGAGGGGGUUGGUCCCCUGGGAGACCUCUUCUCUCCCUGCCAGAAAGGAAGAGGGGCAUGGCCAGGGAGGACCUGACCCUACUCCUCUGCUCCUUGAUAGUUUAUUAUUAUUAUUUUGCGGUCUUUUUUGUAAAUUAAAUAUAAAACAACUGC